AUAUCCUAAUAGAGUGCAGCGCGCACAGAAAGAACGAGUUUUUGACUAAACGAAGACACCAAAAAUUCCUGUAAUGCCGGAUUCAGACAGUGAAAGAGAUUCCAGUGAUUCUGCAUCUUCAAGCGAUGCAUCACCAAGUCAUGUAAGAGAUAAAAAAUAUAGUAGGCGGGAGAAGGAUGACGGAAGUGAACGUCGGAGGAUGGGAAGAAGAUCUCCAUCCCCAAGACAUGGAUCGACGAGGAGUUCAAGGAGUAAUGAGAGGAGAAGGAGUAAGGAUGAGAUGAGAGACAGAUCUUCAGAUGAAGAAGAUGUGGAAUAUCAGGAUGAGAGGAAGAAGCAACAUCCAAGGAAAUUCCUCAAGAGGGAUGAUGCUGAAGAUGGAAAGGCGAUGGAAAGACAGAGGGGAGAAAAUGAUGAAAAUAAUCAUAGAAAACACAAAUCUGAUGAUGAGCUCUCCGUUGGUGCUGAUUCAGACUUUGACAACCUGCAAGAAGGCAUCACCGAAGCCACUCAACAGCAGCAACAACGAAGGAAACCUGCUAGGUUUGACAGUGACAGUGAUGACAGUGAUAAUAGUCAAGACUGGAGAGAACAAAGGGUGAAAAGUGUUCUACAAAGCCAUGUGCAGCAAGUAGAGGAGAGAAAAAAAUGGGACAUUGCUUCUGAUGAUGAAGACGGACAACAGAAGAAAAUGCAGAGUGCUGUUGGAAGCAACAUCAUCCACGGGAACGUUAGAGAGGUAGAAGACGGUGAAUUGGACAGACACUCCGACCGGGAUACAGAGAGAGGAGAUCGAAGGAAGAGGAAGAAGGAAGAAAAGGAAGAGGACAGCAGAGAUAGAGAGCGGAGGAGAGAUAGAGACAGGGAUCGAGACCGUGAUAGGAGGAGAGAAGGAAGGGACAGAGAAGAGAGAGACAGAAGGGGAAGAGAUGGUGAUAGAUCCAGUUCUAGGAGAGAAGACCGUGAUGGAAGGGGUAGAUCUCGUUCACCAAACCACUACAGCAAGAUGAAAGACAAAUAUGAAGAAAGAUUCCAACGUUCCAGGCAGGACAGAUUGGAAGAGGGGGAGGUGGAGGAGACGGGUGGAUACGAAGAUGCUCGGAGAAGAUUCAGGAAUAGGAGAUUCAGAGAUGAGGAGGAAGAGAGAAGGAAGUGGGAUGGAAGUAAAGACCAAGACAACACUCGACGGAGGAGAAGAGACGGUGAAGAGGAGAACAAAGAGAAUGCUGAACCUCCUCCCAAGAAGAAGAAACCAGAGGUGGAUCCUAUUCUAACAAAGACAGGUGGAGCUUAUAUCCCUCCAGCUAAACUUAGAAUGAUGCAAGAACAGAUAACAGAUAAAACAAGUGUAGCAUACCAGAGGAUAUCAUGGGAAGCUUUGAAGAAGAGCAUCAAUGGUCUGGUAAACAAGGCUAAUAUUUCAAAUCUUGGCUUGAUUGUGCAAGAGAUGCUACAGCUCAACAUCGUACGAGGACGUGGUUGGUUAGCUAAAGCAGUAAUUGAUGCCCAGGCUGCCUCUCCCACCUUCACACAUGUGUAUGCAGCAUUUAUAGCCAUCAUCAAUACAAAGUUUCCUCAAAAUGGAGAAUUGAUCCUGCGUAGGCUCAUCACUAAUUUCAAGAAGGGUUAUCGCCGUAAUGACAAGAAACUUUGUCUGUCGUCAACCAGAUUUAUUGCUCACUUGGUCAACCAGCAAGUGGCUCAUGAAGUAGUCUCUCUUGAGAUCUUAACACUAUUGUUGGAGCAAGCUACCGAUGACAGUGUUGAGGUAGCUGUAGGAUUUCUCAAGGAAGUUGGACAAAAACUCACAGAACUUUCUCCAAGAGGAAUCAUGGCAAUCUUUGAGCGACUGCGUAGCAUCCUUCAUGAAGCCGAGAUUGAGAAGAGAGUUCAGUACAUGGUGGAGGUGAUCUUUGCCAAUCGUAAAGAUGGCUUCAAGGACUUCCCUGCGGUCAUUGAAGAACUGGACCUGGUGGAAGAAGAUGACCAGUACACUCAUCUACUCACUCUUGAAGAUGACUACAAUACAGAGGAUAUACUCAAUGUUUUCAAGGCCGAUCCAGAGUUUCUAGAGAAUGAAGCGAAAUACAAAGCAAUCCGUAAAGAGAUCUUAGAUGAAGGCAGUGAGGACUCUGAAUCAGGAAGCGAGAGCGGAUCAAGCGAAGAAGAUUCUGAUGAGCAAGAUGAAGAAGAGCAAGAGAAGAUGGAGAUCAAAGAUAACACUGAGACAAACCUGACAGCCCUCAGACGUAUCAUCUACCUCACCAUCCAGUCCAGUUUGGACUUUGAAGAGUGUGCUCAUAAGAUGCUCAAGAUGGAGUUGAAACCCGGCCAAGAGAAAGAAGUAUGUCUGAUGAUACUGGAUUGCUGUGCUCAACAGAGGACAUAUGAGAAAUUCUUUGGACUUUUGGGACAGAGGUUCUGUCAGCUGAAGCAGGAGUAUGUAAGGGAAUAUGAAGCGGUUUUUGCUGAACAGUAUGAGACCUGCCAUCGCUUAGAUACAAACAAAUUGAGGAAUGUGGCAAAGUUCUUCUCUCAUCUUCUCUACACCGAUGCUAUCUCAUGGACGGUAAUUGAUUGUAUUCAUCUGAAUGAGGAAGAAACUACAUCAUCUAGUCGUAUCUUCAUAAAGAUCCUCUUCCAAGAAUUAUCAGAGUACAUGGGACUCCCAAAGCUUAACGAUAGACUCAAAGAUGCGACCCUUAUGCCAUUCUUUGAAGGAAUGUUACCUAGGAACAACCCUGCUCAUACAAGGUUCGCCAUCAAUUUCUUCACCACCAUAGGACUUGGCGGUCUAACGGAUAACCUUCGUGAUCAUCUCAAGAACUUUCAACGACAGAUCAUGCAGCAGCAACAGCCCUUGGAAGAGAGUGACAGCGAUGAGAGUGAAAGUGAGGAAGAGGAGGAAGACAGUAGCAGUGAAGAAAGUCCAGAAGAAGACAAAAGGACGAAAAAGAAAAAGAAGAAGAGACAUGAGAGUAGCAGUGAGGAUAGUGAGGAAGAGGAAAGAAGGAGAAAGAAGAAGAAAAAGAAAGAUAAGAAACGGAGAAGAAGGCAUGAAUCAACAGAUAGUGGGAAUGAAGAUGAAUCUUCAGAUGAGGAAUCAGAAGGUCAAAGCUCAGGAAGCUCUGCAGACAGAAGAAAAAGGAAGGAAACAUCUUCAAGGCGGAGUAGAGAAGAAGAUAAGCGUCGGACUAAAACAGACUCUCAUCAUAAAAGAGAUUCAAGACACAAGAAAUCUAAUGAAAGACAGAGAAAGGUAGAUAGUAGCAGUGAAGAGAGUGAAGACGUUACUGAUCACAUUCCACAGAAAAGAAAUAGACACCAUGUAGAAGACAGAGAUAGAGGGGGUAAAACAGGUCAUGAAUCAGAUAGGGCUAGCCGAAGGGCAAAGGAGAAGGAAGGUGAGAGGAAUAGGACAAGAAGUGACGACAAACACAGAAAAGAGGAUAACAGGGAACACAGAAAAGGAGAAAGGAAAGAUAAUGAAGAUCGGAGAAGACAUACUAGGGAAGUAGAUGAAAGAAACAGUGGUGAAGAACAGUCUGAUAGGAGAAAAGAAAAACUAAGAAGGGAAGAUGAUAAAAAGGAAAGAAGAAGUAAGGAAAAGAGGAGAGAUAGAGCUGAUAGCGAUGAAGAACUAGCAGCGAGGUUAAGAGAGCAGUUGAGGAGGGAGGAUGAGAGAGUUGAAAGAAAGAAUAAGGAAAAGAGGAGACAUCAAGAGGAUAGUGAUGAAGAUGUAGACACAAGAAUGAGAGAACGGCUUAGGAAAGGAGAGAGAGAAGAAAGAAGGAAUAAGAAGGAUCGAAAUGAAGAUAGUGACAAAGAACUAGCCAUGAGAAUGAGAGAACGAAUGAAUGAGAAAAGGGAAAGGAGAAGCAAGGAAAAGAAGAGAAAUGUAGAUGAUAGUGAUGAAGAAUUAGCAAGAAGAAAUAAAGAAGAGGAAAGGAAGGAAAGGAGAAAACGAGAGGAAAGUGACGAUGGUGAGGAAGUCAGAAGAAAAGAGGAAAGUAGAGUUAGAAGGAAUAAACAUGCUAUGGAAGAUAACGAGUCUGAAGGAGGUAGAAGAAAGCAUGAUAAAGAUAAGAGAGACAGAAGAGAAGAAAAGAGAGAUAGGCGUGAACAGCAGAGGGAAGAGAGUGAGGAGGAAGAAAAUGGGAGACAGAGACGAGGAAAGGAUGAGAGACAAAGGCCGAGGGAAGAAAAUCAAAGAAGAGAGAGGGAUGUGGAAAGAAGGAGAGAACAAGAAGAGGAUAUAAACUCUGAUGGUAAACGCAACAAGGGAAAAGAAAAGAAGAGUAAGAAGAAUGAAAGGAGAGGAAGGGAAGAGGACUCGUCUUCUGAUGAACGUAUGGAAUGGUCGAGAGAUAAGGAGGAGAAGAAGAGAAGAGGUAGGAAGGUGGAAAGGGAUGAAGAGAGAAGGAGAGAAAGAGAGGAAUCUUCUGAGAGGGAAGAUAUGAGAAGGUACAGAGAGGUGGAAGAGAAGAAUAGGAGAAAUGAUAGUGAAAGGAGAGGGAGAGGGAAUGAAAGAAGAAGGGAAAAACAUACUUCUGAGGAAGAAGAUAGUGUUAGAUCAAAGGAUAAGGGUUAUAGAGAGGAGAUAUCAGAGAGGAAUAGAGGUAGAAGAGAGAAUGAGAGAAAGGGAAGAGAUGAAGAUAGAAGGAUAGAGAGAACAAGAGAAGAAAGUUCUGAUGAUGAAAGGAGAAGAGGGUCUAGAGAACAAAGACAUUGGAAUGAAAGAGAUGGUAGCGAAAGGAGAGGAGAGGGGAAAGAAAGGAGAAUGGGAACAGGAGAAAGAAGACAUGAAAAUAAGCAGGACUCUGAUAUGUCUGAUGAGAAUGAUAGAAACAAAAGAAGGAGACUGAGGGAAGAAGAAUUUGAAACUGGCAAUAGAAAUCUGGGUGACAAUCGUAGGAGACGUGAUGAAGAACAAGAGUAUGAAAUCGAUAAUAGCUCAAAACAGAGAAGGAAUGAGAGAGGAGAAACAAGACCGAGAAUAGACGAUAGAGGUUUUUAUGAACGUGAAACAUCUGAAAGACGUGAUAGGAAUAGAAAAGAGGAAAGGGAAAGGGAGAGAUCAGAUGAAAGAAUAGAGAUUCAAAAUGAAGAGAGGCAUAGUGAUCAAAGGAAAAAGAAGGUAGAAGUUACUGAAUCUAGCAGUGAGGAGGAUGAUAGUAGUGAGGAUAAUUCAACUGAUGAUUCCAGUAGUGAAGAAGAGAGCGAGGGAGAAGGAGAGAAAAACGAUGGGAGUAGAAAUGAAAAGAGGGGCACGGAGAGGGAAGAAGAGGAAAGAAAUCAUGUUUCCAAGAAUGCAAGAGAUGAGAGUGAGGAUAGUGACAGUGAUGAGAGUGAUAAUGAUAGCGAUGAUAGUGAGGAUAGUGAUAGUGAAGAGAGUGAAAGUGAAAACGUUUCCUCUAAAAAAAGAGAAGAACAACGAAUGAAAGAGCAACGUGAGCGUGUAAAAGAGAGCGAGAGUGAAAGUGAGAGUGAAAGUGAAGAUAGUAGUGAUAGUGAGGAGAGUGAUAGUGCGGAACGAGAAAAGGAAGAGAAGAGAAAAAGUGCAGGUCAGAUGAGAGAUCAGCGUGGACGUGCCAAAGAGCAAAGUGAGAGUGAUGAAGAUAGUAGUGAUAGUGAUGAAAGUGAAGAGGAGGAAGAUAAUGAAAAGGAGAGCAAAGAGCGUAGAGAGGUCAAUCAUGUACGAGAAGAUUAUAGAAGACCGGAAAAGGAUGAAGUGAGAAGACGGCAAGAAGAGCGGAGAGAAGACAUUAGAAGAAGAGAAGAUGUACGCUCAUAUCCUGUGGAUAGCAGAAGUAGAGAGAAUGACGGGUACAGGAAUUCUUAUGAAAGAGAAGGAAGAAGGGACCGAAGCUAUGAGAAGGAGGAUUAUAUAUCAGAUAGGCAUGAUAGAAGGGAUAAAGAACGAAUGGAUAGGAGAAGAGAAAGAGACAGGCGAUGACCUUGGUAGUAUCCUAGCAUUAAUCAUAUUGAUUAUGGACAGGCUGCUUUACGUAGGUGUACAUUGUAUCAUAGAUAAUCAUUAGAUAUGUGAUAAAUUUAUUUUGAGAUAUGAAAUAUGUCAUGUUUUCUUAUAGUAUGAUUGCCAACACACAAACUGGUUUUCUAACUGGAAUAUCAAGGGCUAAGACAUCCAAAUGCAUCUUAUCAUUUAUUGUGAGAAAGAGCAUUUACAUUGAUUUAAGGAUGAUGUAAACCCUGGAUAAUCACUGUUGGCAUAUCAAAUCAUAGGCUAUAAUUUAAUUAGCUCCCCUUUUCAAAGAUGUGUAUCACUUUUUGAAAGUUAGAAUGGGUAUCUUGAGAAAGAUCCUUAGAUUUCUACUUCAAGUUAUACCAGUGCAUUGCAGGAUGUGUCGAGGAUAUAUCCAUAGAAUAUUAUACAGAAAGUAUUUUACAAAAUAUAAUUGUAAAAGGUAACAUCACAGCCAUGGAAUGAUUUUGAAAAUUCCCUUUCACCUCAUAACAUGAUUUGCAGAAAGCUGAAAAGUUAUACUUACUCCAAAUUUAACCAGAUUUUAUUGAGCACUUAAGGAAAAAAAGGAUUUUUGACCUGAUUUCAUAAAGUUGAUUUUAAUUUUACCAUGGUACAACCCAAAAGAGUAUGCAGAGUUCUUGUACACAAUAAUGCUUAUAUCAUUGCGUACGCUUAGAAAAGUGAGACACAAUAAUACAAGAAAUCAUUAUAUUCCAUUUUUUAUCCAUGGUAUGCUCAAAACCGCCGUUGUGAAUUUGGGCCAUUGUUUCACAUAACGGACACUGGUGCACUAAAAAUGCAACUGUGUAGUAAAAUUUGGUUAAAGUUGUUGUUUAUAUUAUUUAAUGUUAAAUAUAUCUGAUUAACUCAACAAUACCUGUUUAAAUGCUGUAAAUGCUGUGAUGCUUUAAAAUUGUCUAAAGUGCCAUGUCCAUUCAAUUAAGAAGAAUUGCCAUUUUUAAAAUUUGCUUUAUUCUUGUGUUUUUUUUUUUUGUAAUUUGAACCCAAUUUGUAGGUUAUUUUAACUCCAGAUACUCUAUGUGUUGAACCCAAUCUGUUACCCCAGACAAAACCCUAUGCAGUAUUAUUUAUUUCAUUGAUAUUUUAUUCCCUUUUCUGCCAUUCCAUGUUCACCAACUAUGUCACUUUAAAAGGAAUGAGUUGUAUAUUACUAGUAACCUAUGUUGUAUUUCUUCAACAAUAAGUCUAUGAAUGGUUGAUGAAUAUAGAGUCGAAUCAUGAUUGAAUUAUUAAAGGACAAGUCCACCCCAACAAAAACUAUUGAUUCAAAU